AUGACCCUCUACAUCCAGCAGUCCAAGAAAGCUGGCUUUGCGGGCUAUGUAGGGAAAAAGGCGGGAAUCACUGGCCAGCUGACUCUCAAGGGUGGAGAGGUCUUGCACGCGGUCCAAGAUGCUGGGGUACCGUUCAGAUCUAUCGCCGAGGCUGUCGCUGGCAGGCUUGGGAUUCCUACCAAGAGUCUUAUUCUGGAGGAAGCGGCAGUGCAUUAUUACGCUUUCCCUUGUCGAGAUGUUCUUUGCGCGCGAUAUGGUGGCUUCGAGCGAGCUUACGAAAGAGUGGUUGGGCUGGCAGCCGGAGCAGAAGGGGUUGGUGCGAGGAUAUCAAGACUAGCGAGUGGUGCUCUAGUCCAGAGGCCGUGUCCAAGUAUUGAAAGUAUGGAGUCGUCCAUGGCUCUCGAGUAG